UGUCACAAAACUGGGAGCCGGCGUUUGAUGAAGCUGAAACCAGCAAAGAGCAAGAAGUGAGACGAGAAAAGUCCAGAAAGACAUGCGGUGCAAUAUAAAGCGAUUAUUCACUUUGGCGAUCGGAGUUUUUGCGGCUACACUGGUUAUAAUCUCGUUUUCCAAGGACAACUAUGAAAGAGAAUGGAAACAAGGACCUCAAUCAAACGAAGCACGAGCUGUAGGCCACCAGAGUCCCGACUUGUUUCCAGUCGGACAAAAUAGUCUACCACACCAGCCAAUUCCUCCAAGCCUUGGCGAGAAGGAUCUUAGUGAUCCAUUCAACUUCUUGUUUUCAUCUAACAAAAUCACUUUACGCAAACUUUAUGAUCUCACUAAAAAUGUAGAUUUUGAUCAGUUAAGGCAGAACGAGUGCAAGAAGAACAUCACGCUUUCAAAGUUCUGGGAGAAGUCUGAACAGAGAAAUGUGCCGGAAGAUGACAACUGGGAGAGGUUCUACUCAAACAUUGGAAGUUGUUCGGUGUACUCGGAUGAUCAAAUGAUUGACAACUUGCUGCACGAUCUCAACACAAGUCCCAUCAAACACGUGCACAUUAUGGAUGGAGGCACUCAAGUGAAAUUUGUGUUCACCUUCAAAAACGAUAAGCAGGCCGUGUUUAAGCCGAUGAGAUUUGGACGCGAUUAUGAAUCGGAUCCGAAUCAUUUCUACUUCAGUGAUUUUGAACGACAUCAUGCAGAAAUCGCAACUUUCCAUUUAGACAGAGUGCUCGGCUUCCGACGAGCAAUCCCCACCGUUGGACGAGUUCUCAAUAUGACAACUGAGCUGUUCGAAAAAGCAGAGAAAAAACUCAAGAAGACUUUCUUCUUCUCUCCAGCCAAAAACUUUUGCUUCGUGUCACGAUGCGAUUAUUACUGCGACACGACACAUGCAAUUUGCGGUCUUCCUGAUAUGAAGGAAGGCAGUGUGCAAGUGUUCUUACCCGACGAGUCAGCAGUUCCUCGGAAGCAUAAUAGGAGUCCGUAUAGACGAACCUACUCGAAAAAGAAUCAAGUAGCUGAAUGGCAGUCGAGUAUGAAUUAUUGCACGGAUAAGGUGAAAACCAAGCGACAAUAUGCUCAUGGAAGAAGGUUACUUGAUCUGGUUGAUAUUCAUAUUUUGGAUUAUUUAAUAGGAAACCAAGACCGUCAUCACUUCGAAUCCUUCAACGUGUUCAACGAUCUUCCUUCCUAUGCGAUCCAUCUCGACCAUGGUCGAGCAUUUGGCAGAUCUGACUUUGACGAUGACGACAUCAUUCUCCCGCUCCGACAAUGCUGCAUCCUACGUCCAUCCACUUUCCAGACCCUUAUGAAUUUCUACAGUACACCAAAGUCACUGACGAAAGCCCUACACGAGUCAUUAUCGAAAGAUCCAGCCCAUCCGAUUUUGGCUUAUAAGCAUUAUCCGGCAAUGGAAAGGCGGUUAGCAAAAAUUAUGUCUCACAUACUGGAAUGCUUCGAAAGCCGGGGAGUUGCCGAAGUUCUAGUUGCCGAGUACAACAACCCCGAUGUCUCAGACGCCGAGCAAAACGACGAAGAGCAAAGCGAGGAGCAUCAGGAUAAGAAGGAUGAUAAGAAAACUGUUUAGUCGUCAUUCGUUAGGUCUUCUCAAUUUUACCAAGGUCAUGUAGUAGCAUUUUAAAUUUCCCUCUUAAACUUCAAUGUUUCUUUGCGUUGCAUUCGGGUCUCGAGCUUCUUUCACUCUCUGUUAUUGUUGUAUUUUUUCUUUUCACUUCCCCCCGUUUUUUAAACCCACAAGAAGGUAUCCCAUCCAUCGCUCCACGGUUUCUCUCUGGUCAAACAUUCAUUUAUGAGGGUCAUAUUAUGUAGGUCAAAUCAAAAACAAAUCGGUGUUAUAAUAUCGAAAAAAUUUCUCGAAGAAUUUGAAAAGUAACCUGAUAGUUGUUUUGUGUAGAAUUUCUGUUGAAUAUUAUGAUUAUAUAUUCUCAGCUCUUUUUUUGUCAUUUCUUUUUUUUUCCUAUUGAAUAUCAUACUUCUUUUAUCAAAAGACGCAAACUUACUGGGUAUAUAAUUCUCGCUGAGCAAUGUGGCUGCAGUGCUCCAUUUCUUGUCAAAUCGGUUGUUUUUUUUUCUACUUUCAGGACGAAUCAUAAAUGUUGUGAUUAAAUU